AUGGAUCGAGAAUUUGGAACUAGAUCUCAAUUAUUUACUGAAAACAAAAAAAGUGUAGGAACUAGGCUUGAUUUUUCUUUAGCGAAGGUAAGUAAUCAAAUUAUUGUGGACGCCGAAAUUACUAGUUUUGAUAAUUUUGCUAAUGAGAUAAAAAGAAAGGACCAGAACUUCAAUUACCAUUUUUCCCGGUUAGAAGUAGAAAAACUUUAUAACUUGCUUUGUUUCCAAGAACUUAAAAAUCAAGAUGAUGAGGAAGCAAAAUACAAUCCAGCAAAUUAUGAGGAGAUUGAGGAUAUAAACAAAAAUGUCUACGAGAAAUUUUAUAAUAAAAAACAAUAUUCAGGAAUAGAAAACGAGAAGAAGUUUAUAAGAACAAGAGGAGAAGUCUACCUACUAGAUACAAAAAGCGGUAUUACGGCAAAAAGUCAAGAAACCGUGGAUAAGAGUAAUGCACUUCAAAAUUGA